AUGGCGAAGAUGCAGAAGCACAACAAUAUCAUCUCUUUCAAACUCAACAACACUCAAAGGCAGCUCUACGACCAACAGUCAGAUUCGGCCCAGCUACAAGAAGGUCUUGAGCAAACCAUGCAGGUAGUGCAAGUAACCAAGCCUAGAGUAUUCUGCCCCUCUUGGAAGAUAUUCAAAGUCUCUGCCAUAACUUUCAUGAGGUCCGAUGGAGGUGGGUUUCUAGGAAUGCAAAUCGUGUUGACCACACAGCAGCGUCACUAG